AUGGCUUCUUCUUCUUCUUCAUCAUCUUCUUCCUGCGCAAAAUAUGGGAUCGCCAUGAUCAUGUUAGUCGCAAUUCUGUGGAGCAGUAGUUACGGCGUGGAAGAGACGAAGCCCGCCAAGUGCAGCGGGCGCAGAGUGAACCAAGCGUACAGCAGCGACGUGAGCCAGCUGGUGCAAUAUCUGCAGCAAGCGGCCAAGCCAAACAAGCCGGCCACGAAAACGGUCGGGUCUGUUAAGGGGAAGGCCAGCUGCCAGACCAAGAAACCAAAGGACUGCACAGGUUGUCUUGGCGUCGCCACAGUCCAGCUCGCCGUAGAUUGCAAGGGCAAGGCUGUCGGCAAGUCCACCGGAGUAGGCACCAAGAACUGCAGAAUGAGCUUCCGUCCAGCAUAA